GUCGCCGUCAUUUUCUCACGCUAAGACACAAGACGUCACCGUUAUGAGCUACUUCCCAUCAGCUCCCUCUCCAUGCGUGACUUGACUGUUCAUGCCAGACCUCGACGAAUUCCGCUCCAAGAAGGCAAGAACUGUCGUCUCCGUUCCUCGCGGAACUUUCCAUGUCCAGACCUACAAACAAUCGUCAUAUAGAGCCGCGACUCAUUCCUUUCGAAUUCAUGCUCAUGCGCUCCAUUCCGAUCCUGGCUUGGAAUAACAGUGAGCCUGUGCAUACACGUUGGGCGCCAUGAUGUACAGGAAGGGCCGCGACUCCAACGGCGACAAGUCACAGGAAGGCGGCGGCGAUGUGCCGCCGAGCAUCAAGCUUGACAUUACGGAUCACCCUGCUAGCGGCGGCGGCAAGACGGCGUCCUUCUCCGAGCCGUGGACGCCGACGCCUGGAAGUGGUAGUUGUCGUGGCAGCAGCAGCAGCAGUUCUGGUAGGAGCGACCCGCCGGAGAAGCAGCUCACGCUGUUGGCGCUACGCGUGGCUAUCCUCGAGAAGGCGGCGAGCGGGCUCGGGAAGCUCGACUUCGUGUGGGCCACCGUCGUGCUCCUCGGCGGUUUCGUGAGCACGCUCAACAUCACCGACUUCUGGUGCAUCACCGUGAUCCUCGUCGGCGAGGGCGCGCGCGUCUUCAGCCGCAGCCACGAGCUGGAGUGGCAGCACCACGCCACGGAAACGUCCACCGCUGGCGGCGGGCUGCUCCGCUCCAGCUCCCGGUUCUUUCGCCGCAUCCUGCACGCCUUCGUCGACCAUACCGGCGGCGGCGGCCGUAACGAAGAGGAGCCGCAUCAGCACGCCACGCCAACCACCGACGCUGGCGGCGUGCUGCCACUGCCACCGCUGCGCUCUUGCCGCCGGUUCUUCCGCCGCGCCGUGCACGCCCUGGCCCACCCGGGAGCGGGCGGUGCAGAUGUCGGCGGCGACGCGAUCACGACGUCGGCAAUGUUCCAGAACCAGAUCGUGGCCGUCGUGAAGAAGCGCACUGGGCACGCGCCGAACGAUGUGUCGCUGAUCCCCUACACCGGCCGGAUGUUCACCUAUAGGAACAUCGGCCGGUUGCUCAACUGCCUGCAGGUGCUCUCGGCGUUCGCCUGCGUCGCGCUCUCGCUGAUGCGCCUCUGGAAGCACGACUUCGGCAGCGGCGGCAACAUGAGGCCUGCGCUCCUGCUCUUCUACACCCUGGCGUUGCUGGAGGCGCUGCUCUUCCUUCUGGAACAGGCCUACUGGACAUGGAAGUUCUCCUUCUGCAAGCUGCUCCGUCAUGUGAGCGAGGACUGCCAGCUGGGCGCGUACGGUCACGUCUCCCUCACGCGCUUCUUCUACGACGCCUACUCGCGGUGCGUCACUGGCAGCAUCUUCGACGGCAUCAAGAUGGACCUCGUCACCUUCGCUGAGGACCUCAUCCUGUCUGAUUUCCUGGACGAGCAGCUCAUCGGCGUGCGCAUCCUAGAGCAGUUCGCCAUGAAGGUGAACUCGGCGGGCGAUACGCUGCGCAAGGUCGGUACUAGCCCCCGGUCCGUCGAGCGGCUCGUCGAGAUGCUCAACUGGAAGCGGCCUGACGAGGUGGAGGUGCGCCAGUUAGCGGCGGAGGUCGUUUGCAAGCUCGCCGGCGAGCGCCAGAACGCACUCCGCUUGUCCGCCAUCCCCGGCGCCAUCGAGUCCGUCAUGUCCCUGCUCUACACAGGCCGGAGCGCCGCCGUUUCCGGCAUGCACCCGCAACCGAACCAUGCUGCCGGUGAGGGCCGCGACUUCGACAACGACUACCUGCCGCUCAACCUGCUGGGGCUAAGCAUCCUCGAGAAGCUCGCCAAAGAUCAGGACAACUGCGGGAAGAUCAGCAACGCGCGCGGCCUGCUCGCCAAGAUCAUCGAUUUCACGCAGACGUCCAAGGAUCUCCUCGGCAGCCAAUGCGUGUCGGAUUCGGCGGUGAGCGCCGUGAAGUGCGCGCUCCAGGUGGUGAGGAUGCUGGUGUCCACGACGGGCAACACGGGCCACGCGCUCCGGCAGGGCGUCGCGGAGAACGUGUUCGCUGUGUGCAACCUGCGCGGGAUACUGCGGUACGGGCAGCGGCACAAAGAGCUGCAGAUGCUGACCAUCGACGUCCUCACCGCGCUGGCCCUGGACGACAGCGGAAAGGAAGCGAUCAUGGGCACCGGAGGGUUGGUCAAGCUUCUGCUCUCGAUAUUCAUCAGCGCCGAGGAGGGAGAGCUCGGCCACGGAGCCGGCGAGGCGCUGGCGAUGCUAGCGCUGGAGAGCGAGACGGGUUGCGCGGCAAUACUCAAGCGAGCCGACGUGCUCCAGCUCGUCUCGGCGUUGCUGGACGGUGACGACGCCCGCCGACUGCACGCGGCGAGGGUGCUGCGGAGCCUGUGCGCGUACUCGGGCCCAGAAUACAGGGAGCGACUGCGCGUGGUGACCAAGUUGUUGCCGGUGGUGCUGGGUAUCACCAUGACGAAGAGCAACAAGGUCCUGGAGGUGUGCAUCGGCCUGACGACACAGAUCUGCACGUUCAUCGACGGUGACCGGUUCGCUGCCGAGCUGCGCGGUGCCGGCGUGGAGGAGGGGGCGUAUGUGCAUCGGCUGGCGACAAUCCUGGGGGAGAACGAGUACCCGAAGGUCAAGAUCCCCCGGAUGCGACGGUUCGUGGUGCAGCAGGUCAUCUGGUUGAUGGCAUGCUCGGGUGGUGGCAGUUACAUGGAGCUGCUGAGGGGAGUUGGGAUGGAGAGGCUGCUCGAGUCCAUCGCAGAUACCACAUCGGAGCUCGAGUGCUACCAUGUCUUCUCGGGCAGCGUCGGUAUUGGCAAGCACCGUGAGAGCUUCCCAGACAUUGUGGACUCCGCGCUUGAGCUGAUCAAAGGCGGUGGUGACAGAGCUCCAGCUCCAGCUCCAGCUCCAGCUGAAAAGUGAACAGAUUCAUCAAAUGUAAUAUAGUCUUCCGAAUUAUAUUAAAAAUUCAUGGUACAUAUGAGGCAAUGUGAUCAGGGAAAGGCAGAAUAGUUGGUUUACAUUAGCUAGAUUCAUCAAGUACAAGAGUAGAAUGUAUAUAGCAGUAGUGUCGUGCAUAAGAGUUCUCUGUAUCAUGGACUAUCCAAUAAAGAGAUAAGCUAGUCUUGGCAUUGCUAAGGAGACAUGAAA